GGUCUGCCGACAACUCGCGCGCUUCAUUCGCAGAGUAAACCUGAAGUGCCUCCACACAGAAAAAUGAAGAUUACAGAAAACGGAGCAUUUACGGGAUGUUUUCGCUUUCAAAUGGCUUAAAUCUCCCAUUUAAGCACUUCUCCUGUUUCUCCGCGUCGUCUGGGCCAGCUGGAUUCCUCCGGUCCGUAUUUUUCGGGUCCGGCGAACUUUGAUAUUUUGAGGGGAGAAGCUGCGCUGCUAGCGGACGAACUUUAACGGUCGCUUUUCACCCUGACGCGACAAACAUUACCCUGAGGAGGCAAUUUACACCCUCGAAAGCUCGGAAUAUGUGGUUAGAGCUUAAUUGUGUGAAGUUAUUUUAACUGUCAGUAAUCAUAUUCAUGACUAUAAAUUUACUGAAUAACGUUAACUCGAAUUAACCGUCGUUUUUUUACUGAGCUAGCGUUAAGUACGUUAACUCGACGCCACCGCCGCUCAGAGCCAGUGUGUUCUGAAGAGCGUGACAGACUUCUAGCUGGGAUGGACGUUUGUGUUCUCAGAGUGGAAAAAUAAGUCCGGACCCCCGGAGAGUUGCCUCUUAACGGUUCUAGUUAAGUUCUAAGACCACUUUCAGUCGCAGCGGGAGCUAAUGAGGGCUGCAUGGCUGAAGAAUGCCGGAGCGGAGCGCCGCCGGUCCUAGACCGCUGCCUGGCCCCAUGUCCCUAUGGCGGGGCGCCGCCUUCAUCUCCCUCCUGGCGGCCGUGCUCGCGGCGGAGCCCCGCGGCUGGCUGCUGGUCGACAAGGGGCCCUUCCACCGCGCCAGAGACUUCACAGAGUUCGCCGAGCGCCACCAGCACGGCUUCACCACCAGAUACAAGAUUUACAGGGAGUUUGGCCGGUGGAAAGUGAAUAACCUGGCCGUGGAGAGGCACGAGGACAGUGGUGUGGGCGUGCCUUUUGACCCAGACUUCAUACACAACAUCAGGCAGCUGGGAAGACGGCCAAGCCUGCAGAGGAUAACAGACAGCAUCAUAAAGAAGUACGGGACACACUUUCUGGUCUCAGCCACGUUGGGAGGGGAGGAGUCCUUGACCAUUUUCGUGGAUAAGAGGAAACUGAGCAGGGGCCAGCCAAGCGGGGGAGCCUCCAAUGGUACAGUCUCAGCACUGACCCUGGAGGCCCUCCAUCAGCUUGCCGCCUCCUACUUCAUCGACAGAGACAGCACACUGCGGAAGCUCCACCACCUCCAGAUCGCCUCCGCAGCCAUUAAGGUAACUGAGACCAGGACUGGCCCCCUUGGCUGCAGUAACUAUGACAACCUCGACUCUGUAAGCUCUGUGUUGGUUCACAGCCCUGAGAACAAAGUCCAGUUACAAGGGCUCCAAGCUGUUUUGCCAGAGAAUCUGAGGAGCCGAUUUGUCCAGGCUGCCCUGGGCUACAUUGGCUGCAACGCUGAGGGCCAGUUUGUGUGCCGGGAUGAUGACUGCUGGUGCCAGUGCAGCAAGGAGUAUCCACAAUGCAACUGCCCCCAUGCUGACAUCCGCGCCCAGGAGAGCUACCUGGAGCACACCAGGGAGGCUUGGAGGCAGGCCAACCAGGAAUUUGAGGAGUCAGAUGAGUUCCAAGCUUUUGUGGGCAGACUGCCGACACACUUUGCCCUGAACUCCUCGGCCAUUCACAACUUGUGGAGGGCAGAUGCAGCUCUGCUGCAGCGCUAUAGGCAGCUGGAGAGUCGCACCAACCUCCUCCUCAGUAAGGCCCGGCGAAGCGCCAACAGGCUGUUCAGCCUCAGCAGGAGGUGCCGCACCCAGCCUAAAAUAGUCCUACAGAGGGAGAGGUCUCUUGGCUACUGGCUGCAGCAUGUCCUCUCCAUUUUGUACUGUGGCGAGAGCAAGCGCCUGGGCUUUUACUUAGAGGAGACACGGAGCUGCCUCUGUCCGCAAGAAUAUGCUGUGUGUCAGGGCAUGAUCCCCUGUGUGGUGGGUGAUGGGCCCCGCUGCACCUCCUGCUCACCAGACAAUCGAACACGUUGCUUCAGCUGCAACCCUGGUUUUACAUUGAGCCACGGAAUGUGCAGGCACGCUGUGCCCGACCCCACGGACCACUACCUGGGCUUCGAGACAGACCUGCAGGACCUGGAGCUGCGCUACUUGUUGCAGCGACGAGAUGGGCGUGUGGUCACACGUGCCACCUUUGUCAGCAGCGAUGUGCGCCUCAACACCUGGUUCGACCCCUCCUGGAGAAAGAGGAUGCUCUUGACUCUAAAGAGCAACAAGUUCAAGUCCAGCCAUGUGCACAUGCUGCUGGGGGUCUCUCUGCAAAUCUGCAUGACCAAGAACUCCACUCUGGAGCCGGCACUGUCCGUCUACGUCAAUCCUUUCGGCGGGAGCCACUCGGAGAGCUGGACCAUGCCUAUUAAUCAAAACGGCUACCCUGACUGGGAGAAGACCAAGCUAGAGAUUCCUCUGGACUGCUAUAACUGGACUUUGACGUUAGGAAAUCGCUGGAAGAGCUUCUUCGAAACGGUUCACUUCUACCUGAGGAGUCGUAUUCGGACCGACUUCGCUCAGGGGAACGAAACAGCCUAUUUCGAGCCCACGGAGGUCACGGAUUCGUCACAGAAUUUCGGCUACAUGAAAGUCAACAGCAUUCAGCUCUUUGGCUACAGCAUGCACUUUGACCCAGAAGCCAUUCAGGAUUUGAUCCUGCAGCUGGACUAUCCAUACACUCAGGGAUCUCAGGACUCUGCCCUGCUGCAGCUUAUGGAGAUCCGAUACAGAGUGAACAGAUUGUCUCCUCCUGGACCACUGCCACUGGACCUGUUCUCUUGCUUACUCCGACACCGACUCAAACUCUCCAGCUCUGAGGUACUGAGAAUUCUCGCCGCACUCCAGGCUUUUAGUGCCAGACAGCCAUACUAUAUGGAGUACGAGGCAACAAAACUUUGUAGUUAAUAAGCGACGGUCGGAUCCAAUUUAUUUUUGCCAUUGAUGUUUCAUUGUACUGAGGGAAAAAUUCAAUUUCACCCACAGUCUCGCACCCAAGUACGUUUUUAUGGUGGGGCUCAUUGUUGUUGGUGUUUGAUAUAAACUGCUUUACUGUUCAUAGGAUGCAAUAUAUAUUUGAUGUCUUUGAAAUCAAAUGGUAGUUCAGAUGAAAAAGGAAAAGUUUUAGCAGUUUCAUGAAUCUUGCCAAGUUUGAAUUAAAUAAAAUGGGUAAAAGCCUAUUAAAAUAAA